CUGGUUACCUAACUCCAGCCUGGUAGCGCUUCCUUAGCAACUUGGUUGCCCUGGGAGACGGGAAGACGCAGUCCCACUGACCACAUUCCUGGCAAAUUCCUAGCACCUACUAGCGGUGAAAGGCGCCAGAGAACUAUGUCGGAGAUCCUGUGCCAGUGGCUCAACCAGGAGUUGAAGGUGUCCCGGACCGUGAGUCCCAAGUCAUUUGCAAAGGCAUUUUCUAAUGGCUAUCUAAUUGGAGAAGUUCUAUACAAGUUUGAACUUCAGAGUGAUUUUUCUGAAUUUUCAGAGAGCAGGGGUUCCACUGCCAAACUUAACAAUUUCUCCCGCUUGGAGCCAACCCUUCACCUGCUGGGUGUGCAGUUUGAUCAGAAUGUGGCCCAAAGUAUCAUCACAGAGAAGCCAGGAGCAGCAACAAAGCUCCUCUAUCAGUUGUACAUUGCUCUUCAGAAAAAGAAGAAAACCGGGCUGACUGGAUUAGAAAUACAAACCAUGCAACCCCAGACAAACCUAAGGCUUCAAGCACUCAAAAGUGAGGCUUUUCGAGAGAGACUUAAAAACCUGAUACCACGCCAAACUGAUUUCAAUCUGAUGCGGGUUACAUGCAGGUUUCAAGAAAAAUGUAAACAAAUGAAAGAAGAUCUUGCCCGAAUACAUUUUGAGAAGUUUGAAAAAUUUCAAAAACUUGAGGAAGAGCAAAGACACUUUAAUAUCGAAAAGCAACGUUUAAAUAGAAGACGACAAAACGAGAUAAUGGCCAAAAUCCAAGCAGCCAUUAUCCAGAUCCCUAAGCCCGAACCAAAUCGUACUCUGAAAGCACUAGAGGCUCAAAAGCUGAUGAAAAAGAAAAAGGAGGCAGAGGAUGUGGCCAAUGAGAUUAAGAAAUUUGAAGCACUAAUAAAAAAGGAUCUCCAAGCCAAAGAAAGUGCAUCCAAGACUUCUCUAGAAACAACAGACCAGACAGCUACCGAUUUGUUAAACACUUAUUCAGAUGAUGAGUACAUUAAAAAGAUCCAGAAACGCCUAGAAGAAGAUGCUUUCGCACGUGAACAAAGGGAGAAAAGACGGCGGAGGUUGUUGAUGGACCAGUUAAUAGCCCAUGAAGCCCAGGAGGAGGCCUAUCGGGAAGAACAGUUAAUUCACCGGCUGAUGCGUCAGUCCCAGCAGGAGCGCAGGAUUGCUGUGCAGCUCAUGCACGUUCGGCACGAAAAGGAAGUUUUGUGGCAAAAUAGAAUUUUCAGGGAGAAACAAUAUGAAGAAAGGCGACUUAAGGAUUUCCAGGAUGCUCUUGAUCGAGAAGCGGCUCUCGCCAAACAAGCCAAGAUUGAUUUCGCGGAACAAACCUUGAGGGAAAAAGAAGCCCAUGAGAAGAUCGCUGUGGAAAGAGCUCAAGCACGCUUUGAGAAGCACUAUGGGAUAUGUGCAGAAAUAUUGGAUCAAAUCCUUGAUCUGUGCACUAAAGUGGCAGACUACAGGAUGCUGACAGAUAAUCUUAUUCCACAUAAGAUGAUGCAUGACUGGAAAGAACUCUUUUUUAGUGGAAAUCCCAUUUAUGAACAGGAUUCUCUUAAACAUGGACGUACAGAAUCCUCUGCGGAACAUCAUAUAGAGCUGCAAAAAAGGAACUUGCUUGAUAAAAAUGAUUAUGAAGACUAUAAGAACAUGGUUGGAGAGUGGGCCUUGCCAGAAGACAUGGCUAACAGCUCUCCACCCUCCAACAAUUACAUACUGGGACAUGUGCUUCAAAGAUUAAUUGAAAAGUCAAUCCCUUCUCAAGAUGAUGCCGCAGAAGCUGAAGUGCCGUCCUAUGCUUUGAAGGGAUGCUUUCUAGGGAAGACACUCAGUGGCAAAACUACUGUUCUAAAGUGUCUACAAAAAGAGUUUCCAAUUCAAGUACUUUCUAUUGAUAGUCUUGUCAGUGAAGCUAUCCGGGCAUUUAAUGACAAUGAACAAGCCAGUGGGCUAAGACCAGUUCGGAGAGAAAACAAGGGAGAACCUCUGUUGGACCCAAAAGAAAUUAGUAAAAUACAGGAUCAGAAUGCAUCGUCAGUUCCUCCAGUUUCAGGGAAAGAGACACCCAGAAAAGAAGGUGUCAUGACGGAUGAGACUGAAGAUCUCAAACCAAGUGAUAGUUUUUUAAAUCUUAGUUUGCGAGCUCAACUUGGUGCAAAAUCAGAACAGUUGCUUAAAAAAGGAAAGAGCAUUCCAGACAUAUUGCUGGUUAACAUCAUGGUAAAUGCUAUUAAAGAGAUACCUGCUAACCAAAGCUGGGUUAUUGAUGGGUUUCCAAUGACAUUAAAUCAAGCUCAGCUCCUGGAAGAAGCACUGACAGGCUACAAAAAAAAAUUCAUGGAGGCAGAGAAAAGGAAAGCACGAAUGCCCACACUAGCCCUGGGCCCGACACCUUCCAAGGAAGCCACUCCUCUCCCAUCUGCAUUCGAUUUUGCCAUAUUAUUAGACAUUUCAGAUAAUUUAUCACUGGAUCGCAUGAAUGAUAUCAUUGCCAAAGAACUCUCACGUGAAAUUUCUCAUGAAAGCGUUGGUCAACAGGAAGUUUCUGCAUGCCAAGAAAAGGAUGGAGACAAUAACUUACGAGAACAGAUACACCAUAGAAUUGUUGGCUUCUUGGACAACUGGCCAUUGCUGGAAGAGUGGUUUACAGAGCCACAAAAUAUUUUGACAAAAAUAAAUGCUGAAAUUGAUGAAGGGUCUUUAUGUCAGAAAGUAAAAGAAUUUUUUGCUAAUGAAAUAGCAAAUAAAAAGAUAAAAGUUGAAAAGAAAUUAGAAGAAAAAGAAGCCGAGAAGAAGGCAGCGGCUUCUGCGACUGAGGCUUCUACCACCAGUCCUUCCCUUCCUUCUGAAGCAGAAAAAGACAAGGAGAUACAUCUUCAUCGUGAGCCAUCAAAACUUUCUCCUGGGAAAGGAAAGACACCCUCAGAACUCCAGCAUGGUAAGAAAGACUCUCAACAUGAAGUAAAAGGAAAGAAAGUUUCUCCUAAAGGGAAAAUACCAGGAGGCAAAACACCAGUAAAGAAGUCACCUGCUGGCUCUGCAGAAAUAUCACCCACACCAACGGCACCACCAGCCCCUAAGCCAGGAUCAGAUGAAUGGAUCUAUGUGACAGAGCCGAUACCUGAGGAACUGCCUUCAUUUUUACUACCUUAUUGGGAACUCAUAGAGAAGUCCUACAUAAACCACAUCAAAACAGUACUUCGAUAUCUUAGAGACAACCAACACACUAUCCUUUCUUAUUUAUAUGAUACUAGAACCAAUUUCCAGGAAUUUCUCAGGCGUCCAGAUCACAAGCAAGAUUUUGUAUCUCAGUGGCAGGCUGACUUCAACUCUGUUCCCGAAGACCUGUGGGAGGAUGAGGAAACCAAGGCAGAACUACACCAACGAGUGAACGAUCUACGAGACCGCCUGUGGGACAUCUGUGAUGCCAGAAAGGAGGAGGCAGAGCAGGAGAGGCUUGAUAUCAUUAACGAGAGCUGGCUACAGGACUCUGUCGGAAUAAUAAUGAAUCACUUCUUUUCCCUGAUGCAGGCAGAAGUGAACCGUUUCCAAGACACCAAAAGACUCCUCCAAGAUUAUUACAGAGCAAUGGAAUCCAAAAUCCCACUAGAAGACAGUAAGAAAUUUACUCGGGUCCCAUUGGUUCAGCUCGAUAGUAAAGACAUUUCAGAAAACCAACUUAGAAUUCCUCUAGUUCCUCGAAUAUCCGUUUCUCCAGAAAAUGUUACCAUCAAACCAAAAUUGAAAGCGUUACUGAAGGGCAAGAUCGAUCCCUCAUUAGAAGGUUUGGAAUCUAACUUUGAGGUAGAUGAGAAGAUAGUAUUGGACACCUGGCAGCAGGCUUCCUUAGCCAUCUCCCACAUGGUGGCUGCUGAAGUCCAUCAAAGGCUGAUAGAAGAAGAAAAAGAAUCGCCCCCAUUGGAUUCCAAAGAAAAGUCUCCUCAGUCGGGUACAAAUAAAAAAGCCAAGAAGGAGAAGGAGGCUUCCAAGAAGAAAAAGGCAGAAAAGAAAGCAAAAGGAAAGUCAUCACCUGUGGCGGAGGUCAGCCCCAUCACAGUCUCUCCUGAGGAACUAGCCGAAAUGGAGAAGAGGAAUGAGCUGAGGCUCAAGAUUAAGGAAGAGCAUCUUGCUGCUCUGCAGUUGGAAGAAGCAGCCACGCAAUUUCGACUUGAACUAAUAAAGACAAAAGCUUUGGCUGUCCUUGAAGAUUUAGUAACAAAGGUGGUUGAUGUCUACAAGUUCAUGGAAAAAUGGCUUGGCCAGAGAUAUUUAAAUGAAAUGGCCAAUAUAGACAAAUUGACUGAAGUAGCUCGCUACUACAUUGAAACAUCUACAAAAAUUCAAAAUGAGAUUUAUUUAAACCAAGAAGACUUCUACAUCAAUGGAGAUGUAAAAGUCUUUCCAGAUGCUGUCCCACCGACCCGUCCCCCACCAGUAGAAAAGGAAGAAAAUGGCACCCUGACAAUCGAACAGCUUGACAGUCUCCGAGAUCAGUUCUUAGAUAUGGCACCUAAAGGCAUCAUAGGAAAUAAAGCAUUCACUGACAUUCUGCUUGAUUUGGUGACUCUGAACCUUGGAACGAAUAACUUUCCGAGCAGCUGGAUGCACCUCACGCAACCUGAUUUGCAGGAGAUCACUUCCUUAUUAACAGUAAACUCAGAGUUCGUGGACUGGAGGAAGUUCUUGAUGGUCACAGCAAUGCCAUGGCCCAUCCCCCUGGAGGAGGAGCUCCUGGAGACUCUGCAGAGGUUUAAGGCCAUGGACGAAGCACAGACGGGCACCAUCACUUUCGAACAGUAUAAGCAGGCUGGUCUAUGGUUUACAGGAGAUGAAGAUGUAAAAAUUCCAGAAAAUCCCCUUGAACCAUUGCCCUUCAACAGGCAGGAACAUCUUAUAGAGUUCUUCUUUAGGCUGUUUGCCGACUGUGAGAAAGAUCCACCCCAGCUUGACUACACUCAGAUGUUGCUGUAUUUUGCGUGCCAUCCGGACACUAUGGAAGGGGUCUACCGGGCCCUCAGUGUGGCUGUGGGAACUCACAUCUUCCGGCAGGUUGAAACUCCUAUGCUGACCGCAGAGAAGACCUCCAUCUCCACUGUGAGUCCCAACGAGGAGUUUCCCGAGGCCGAGGACGUGACAAGAGAGGAGCGGGAACUGAAAGAGGAGAAAGAUGAGAGGGACCAGAAGGAAGAAGAAAUCCCCGAAAAUGCAAAUCCUGAAAAGAUUUCCAUGGAAACACUACUCAAAGUAUUUGGAGGAGGAAGCGAAGUCCUGGACGCUAAUAGAUUUGCCAGCUACCUGAAGAUAGAGAACAUCUAUGCUGAGAACUUCAUAAAAACUUUUCAGGACCUGGGGGCCAAGAACCUGGAGCCAGUUGAAGUUAACAUUCUCUUGAAACAUCCUUACAUUCAGGACCUGAUUGCAAAUUACUUAGACUAUAAAAUUCCUGAUAUUAAAAUGAUUCUUCAAAGGAGUGAACAUGCCCAAGGCAGUGAUGGAGAAAGUUCACCUUCAAGACUUACAGAGGAAAAGAAAUGAAGGCUAUGUUUUUUAUAAUGUAAAAUAAAGCUUCAUACUCAAAUUGA